GUAAAAUUUUUGAUUUUGUACAAAUUUUUUGUCCCACUUUUAUAACUACUUAUAAUGUUUUUAAACAAAUUGUUUAAAUAAGAUAUGCAUAAAAUUCUUUACAUAAAAUCUUUUUAUAAAAUCUUUAUAUAAAAUCAAUAUCCGAUUUUUGUCCUUUAUAAAACAAACCUUUCGAUUUCUAUAAAACUGCUGAUUUCUUAAGUACUAGCCCAGCCCAAGGCAAUUUUAUUUUACAAUGAUUACUUUAUAUACAAAUAUAAGCUAAUGGAUCGUGUAGAGUUUGCUAAUACAAUAAUAAUCUGUAUUGCGCUUUUUAUAAAUCAAAUUUGAUGCUGGUCAAAUUGUUUUAGAACAAUGUCUGAACCUAUUAUUUUCACGCGUCGAAGCAUUCCAUUGUGUCCUUUAAAUUUUUACAUACUGCCGUAACGGAUGUACAACCAUGGACCCGUUACAAACACUCUCAUUACCUUUGCUUUCAAUCAUUGGAUAUCUAAACGUUGCUGAAUAACGUCUAUUUUGUUUUUAUUUAUAUCUAUUAAAUAUCAGAAAGUUAUUAUGAUACUAAUGAACAUGUUACUAUUAUCAAUAUUGUAUAUUCUUACGAUAGUUUUCGCCCAAGAUCCUGUCGCAAAUAUCGCUCAAGGCCGUGUUGUUGGAAUAAAAGUGUUUAUGGAGAAUUCUUUAGAACCAAUUGAAAUUUACUUUGGUAUACCAUACGCAGCUCCACCUAUUGGAAAACUGAGAUUUUCUCCACCAGAAAGACAUAAUGGUUGGAAAAGGACCUUUUUCGCCCACCGUAUGGCGCCAAGUUGCCCACAAGUAGAUACAGACAGUAAGGAUUCCAGUGAAAAUUGUCUAUAUUUAAAUAUAUGGACAUCGCGGAGAGUGGAUGGGCAGCUUCAACCCGUUAUUAUAAUAUUUUACAGCGAGACAUGGACCGGGGGUAGUUUGCACCUACCAUGUCAAGAGUUGGCAUCUGAAGGCGUGGUAGUUGUUACAGUGGCUUAUCGACUUCACCUUUUAUCAUUUUUUACUCUAAAAUCAGUGAUAGCUCGAGGAAAUCUCGCUUUACUUGAUCAAUACAUGGCGUUAUUGUGGGUCCGGGAGAAUAUUUCCGCCUUCGGUGGAGACCCGACGUCAAUAACGCUCUUGGGUCACUCGGCAGGCGCUGACAGCGUUUUACACCAUGUGGUUUCACCGAGAACAACUGGGUUAUAUCAUCGAGUCAUAAUUAUGUCUCCGAGAAAUAUGUGGCAAGGAAUCUAUGAGAAUCGUAGUGUAACUGCAGGCGAACAAGCGAAGGUUUCGAAAGAGAUUGCACGAGCUAUAGGAUGUGUGAACUAUACUUCAAGAGAUGAAGAUAUUUUGCAAUGUAUGAAAGAUAAGCCUUUGGAAGAGAUUAUAAAAUUAUUUUCAAAUACCACAUUGGAAAAUUAUAUGCAACCUACGUCGGACGACUUUCUACCAGAGUCAAUGCAGUAUUUACCUUCUACUUUGGAAAAGGCGAUAAGACAUCUAAGUGGAUUGAAUAUACCAGUGGAUAUUAUGAUUGGCACUACAGAUCUAAACAGUUUAAGGCUUCGUGAUAGUCUAUUCAAGAGCUUUUUAAGGAAAAGUAACAAGCAAAUAUAUGAUUUUUCUAUGGAAAGUGUUUUACCAAAUAUUCUGAAUGUUCUUUUAUUGAAAAAUUCGGAAACUUAUCAAACGUUACAAGAAGCUGUUCGUUGGGAAUACUGGAAUGGAAUACAAGAAGAUAUAGACAAUUUUAGCGCAUUAGAGUCGCUUGGUUUUAUGGACUCUGUCGUUAACUGGGCUAUUGGAAGUUCUUAUUUAGCGGAGAAACUCGCUACACAAGUGCCUAGAGUGUAUGUUUUCCGAUACUCCUUUCCAUCGAAGGUUGACCUUUAUGGUAAUCGCCUAAAUUUCACAGGAGCAGUUAACGGCGCCGAUCUAAUUGCUUUGUUUGGUGAUGCAAUUAUACUUCAAGUCGCUAGAAGAUCUCCUAGUAAUGAUGAGAAACAAAUAUCGACUUUUUUUCGAUAUUAUGUAAUGAAUUUUGUGAAGUUUGGGUCUCCUACGACACAAGAAAAAUGGCCUCGGUUUACGGUGAAAGAUAAAACUAUAUUCGAAAUUUGUGACAACGAGAUUUAUAGUUAUUGUCGUUUCAAAAGUGUAAAGAAAGACAUUUCCUUUUGGCUGCAAUAUUUACCGCAACUAGCAAACUCUACACUACGAAAUAAAGAAUAUUCUGAUAUGAUAGUUGGGUAUGGAGAUGGAUACCGACUACGCGGCGGCGUUUACGCAAUGUGUGGAAUCUCUAUUAUACUCCUUCUGAUGUUGUUUACAAGUGGACUACUUCUGCGCAGAAGACGGUUUUAUCGACCAUCGUCCGUUGAUUCACAAAUUGCUUAUUAGAGCCCUUUUUACAAUUUCAUAAUCUUUUAACGUACCCACUUGAAUUUAAUUGAUUUUCAUAAGUAACAUUUUGAUGUAUAUUUCAAAGAGAGAUUUUAGGUACAUUAAAAAGGUUAAAUGUAGCGCACCAUACAUUUAAAAAGCCCGUAAAGGCUACAUAAUAUACAUUUUAAAGCAAAUUGGGGCUGUUAGAUAGUAUAGAACAUAAUUUUAGGCAUCUAAAUUUGUAUUUUAACUAUGCCCAAAUUAAAAUGUUUGAGAUAUGUAGAUUAUUAAUUUAUUUUACCCAAAUCAUUGAUCCUUUACGUAUACGCAUCCGAAAGUGUGACGUUUUUGUGUUAUUAGUAUACGUGAAACUUAGGUAGGUAUUAGGUAAUAUUAUAGGUACUUGUUAACAUUUUAAUGAUAUUUAGAUUUAAAAAUAAUUCAUUUAUGGUUCAUACGUCAAAUAUAGCUUACCUUCUCUUUCCUACCUUUCCUCCUCUUUACUUCUAUUGUAAAAUUGCCACGAAAGAGACAAAACUUGUUCCACUAACCUAAAUGUUACCCACAUUUCUCACAAGUUUAUGAAA